UCCUGUUGUCUGGCCUGGUCCAGCUUAAGGUUUCCUGCCAGGAGACACCACCAUGAGUCCAUUUGUCCUGCUUUGAGUUAAGCGAUGUCUGCUUCCUAAAUGUGCUUUUUAUCUCAUUCAGAGGUUUGUUGGAUGUGUUUGAAGGGGGGCCGUGGCAUCUUACCCCUUUGGACUCCAUUGACUUUGCCUUUGUUCCUGUUGCCAAGCUACCCUGCUCUUUUGACAAGCACAAAGCACGCUCGAGGCCCACCAUGGCGGCGCCGAGCUCCAGUGGACUCGAGGUCCUCAUCAGCACGUUGCAGAAUGCUGGAGACAAGGAGAACAUGCUGAACAUCCUCAACGUCCUGGAUGAACUGUUGUCAGCAGGCUCAGACAGACGGAUUCAUCACAUGAUAUCGAAAGGAGGCAGCGAGGCCCUGCUGACGGCUCUGGUGAACUCAGCCCGCAGCUUCACUCCCAACUACACCAUCCUACUGCCGCUGCUGCACCUGCUGGCCAAAGUGGGCUACCGUGAUCGUCAGAUUGGUCUGAAAGCAGAGAAGGCAGAUGCAGUUCUGGUGGUUCUGGGUUUGCUGCAGCAGAAUACAGAAAACGCCCGGAGAGCCGCGGCCUGUCUUUGGGUUCUCAGAGUCUUCUGCUCCUCUGUGACCACAGCUGACCUGCUGGGGAAGAACCGAGGGCUGGAUGUGGUCUUCAAACUUAUGUCUCCACACAGCUCCAAGCACCUACGCACCGUCAAGGCGGCCGUUGACGCUUUUGCUGCAAUGUUAUGCUCAAAGGUCAACUGUCGGACUGCUGUUGCGAAAGGCUACAUCGCGGAUCUUUUGAAGCUGUACGAAGACUGGCACAACAAUGACGUCAACCUUAAGAACAUUCCUAUCCGUAGGGCCCUACUUCAUUGUCUGCAACGUGCCACCAACUCAGCUGUGGGCAGAGACGCCCUGGUCGCCGAAGGUGGCAUUAGUCUUCUCUUCCAGACCACUCAGACCUGUUUGGCCAUGAAAGGCCUCGAAUCUCUGGUGGAACCCGCGAUCCAGCUGAUGAGAAAGUGCAAUCCCAAAGUCCCUCUUCCACUGACCUCAGAUAAGAGCGUCUUCAGCUUUUCUCUUCCUGGGAGGCCUGUCGAUGACUGGGAUGCUGAUUUAGGACUUUACGAUGGCAGUUUAGAAGAUGACAGUGAGGAAGACGAGGAGAACGAGGAGCCAGACAACAGGGACUACGAGGAUGACCUGGAAACAGACGUGAACAAGCUGCGUCCCCGACCAGAGCCCGACCGGCCCCUAGAGCAGCUGGGUCAAUAUGUGCGCCUCUGCCCUGAGCUGCACCAUGACUUCCAGGAUUUGGACUCCAGCUCUGAGGUCGAUGAAAGCUCAGACGAUGACAGCACUCUGAUGGGAGACGAGACACCGAGUGACCAGAGAGGCUACGAGCUGCCCUCCGACAGAAAUGAACACCACCUCCAGACGAACGACUUCCAUAAGCAUUACCUCAAUUGCUCUAGGAAAGGCCGAAAAGGCCACUCUAGUAUGGUGGACAGGCUUCUGGAGAAGUACGGGAUCUGCAUUCCCAACCAUGAUCCACGUCUCUAUGCCGCCACAGCAGCCAAUGCAAAGUCUAUAGCCGGAUACUCCAUACUAGCCUUCCCUGACUUCUGGGGACACCUGCCCCCACAAGAGCAAGAGCCCAUGGCUAAAAGACCACCACAUGUGCAAAGAAAGAAAGUUUUCGAAGACAUCCAGCGUCUCAUCUGUCCAGAGGACAUCAUCAACAAGGUUGUUUUUGACAUGGACGAUCACAGUCCGCAGUGUUCCCCCGAUAUGUGUCCCAGUUCCCUUCACUUCUUCUCCAAAUUUGAGAGCGGGAAUCUGCGAAAAGCCAUUCAGGUCCGCAGUCAUGAAUAUGAUUUGAUUCUCAAUGCUGAUGUCAACUCCUCUGCAUUUUGUCAAUGGUUCUAUUUUGAAGUCAGCGGCAUGGUGGCUGGCGUGCCUUAUCGUUUCAACAUUAUCAAUUGUGAGAAGGGAAACAGCCAGUAUAACUAUGGCAUGCAGCCUGUGCUGUAUUCUGUGAGGGAUGCGCUGGAGGGCAGACCACACUGGGUGAGAACAGGCUCUGAAAUCUGCUAUUACAGAAAUAAUUUCUGCGCUAGAAGAGGUCAAAAAAGUUCUUUCUACACGCUGACAUUCACGGUGACCUUUCAUCACGAGGAUGACGUGUGCUACUUGGCCUACCACUACCCUUAUACCUACACCACCCUUCAGACCCAUUUGAGAAUGUUGGAGAAGUCUGUAGACCCAGAGAAAGUUUUCUUCAGGCAACAAAACCUCUGUGACACGCUGGCAGGAAACUCCUGCUCCUUAGUCACGAUCACAGCCUGUCCCACUUCCAGAGCCUGGAAACAUCUGCACCAGCUGCGUAACCGGCCAUGUGUGGUGCUGACAGCAAGGGUUCAUCCAGGAGAGAGCAAUGCCAGCUGGGUACUGAAGGGCACGCUGGAGUUCCUGUGCAGCAGUGAUCCCGUAGCCGAGAGCUUGAGAGAGGCCUACAUCUUCAAAAUCAUCCCCAUGCUCAACCCUGACGGGGUCAUUAAUGGCAAUAAUCGCUGUUCUCUCACCGCUGAGGACCUCAACAGACAGUGGCUGAAGCCGGACCCUAAUUUAAGCCCCACAAUUUACCACACCAAAGGCUUCCUCUAUUACCUCAACAGCAUAGGCAGGACACCGCUGGUGUUUUGCGAUUACCAUGGUCACUCCAGGAAGAAGAAUGUGUUUCUGUAUGGCUGCAGUAUGAAGGAAACCCUGUGGCAAUCUGGAUCUCCCAUUAACACGGCCUCCCUGAAAGAAGACCCGGGAUACAGGACCAUCGCUAAAACUCUGGGCCGAAUAGCUCCUGCAUUCUCUUUCAACAACUGCAAUUAUCUGGUGGAAAAGUCUCGGGCGUCCACAGCCCGGGUGGUCGUUUGGAGGGAGAUCGGAGUCCUCCGAAGCUACACCAUGGAAAGCACUUACAAUGGCUGCAAUCAAGGCAUCUACAAGGGGUUGCAGACAGGGACACGGGAGCUGGAGGAGAUGGGAAUGAAGUUCAGUCAGAGUCUUCUCACCCUAAGGAGGAACGCCAUCCAUUAUAACAGCCGUCUGAUCCAACACGCAUCUGCCCUGUUGGACCUGGACGACAGGCUUCUCAACCACAAAUCCAAUAAUUGUUUCGAGGACGAUGAGCCGCCAUGCAUGGAGGAGAUUGAAUACUCAUCCUUCAGUGACCCGUUUGAUGCCAACGAACUGGACACAGAGGUGAACGGUAACACUUCCAGCGAAGAGGAUGAAGAAGAUGCAGAUAUCUGUAGGAACGGGAGAAUGUGUAGCGACAGGAAGUCCCACCUCGUUCCUUGCUACUUGAAACAGGAUGUCCUGGAGACUCUGACAAUCAAGGGUGGACAGUGUAACGGCAGUAAUGGCUACUUAUAUUAGGCUUUUUUUGUUUUGUUUAUCUUUUCUGUUAUUUAUAAUUUAUAUUAGGUUAUCAUAAGGGUGAUACUGAAAUAUUUAGUGUGUAGUCCAUGAAACAAAACAAGUCAUGCACACCUGCAGAACAUUUACUAGUCCAACCUGAGCUCCCUGAUAUAAACUAUACAAAUAUCUAUUUCCUGCAUAAAAAUGCACUUGAAGAGUAAAUGAUUUUUGCAUAAUCCUAACAGCGUGAUGAGCUCAUGCUUUGGUCUGUGCGGUGAGGCAUUGUGGGUUUGUUUACGAAUUGCUCUUAGUGUAAACUAGAGGCUGGUAGAUUCCUGACAGAAGUACUCUGCUAUAUAACUGCUCUACCAGUGAAACUCGUGAUAUUGUAAGACAGCACUGCAUAUAAAGUUUACCUUUAAUUAUAUAUUUAUUAUCUUACAUUGUGAAAAUCAGUAAUCAUGUUUGUUUUUUAUGGCUAUUAGUUUCUAAAGUGAUACACAGUAUAUAUUUUAAAAGUUAAUAUGCAAAAAGCCAUAUCCCAUAUCUCAGUCUUUAACUCUUUUCAAAAAUCAUGUUUUUUCAUAGUGCAUUCCAACUAAUGUCAAUCAGACUGCUGUUGGAUUAUUAUGAUUAGGUAAAAAAAUAUGGCAGGCUAACACAAUAAAACAAUAAAAACAUAACAAUAAAAAAACAUGUUUAAGAUAUUGCUACACAAAUACUUUCAAAUUAUUGAAGUUAUAUAAUUUGUUCUUCAACUUGAACUUAUCAAUUGAUAAUCGUACAAUCUUGAUUGAAUCUUAAUAUGGUAACAAAGAAAAAUACAUUUAAAACUUGUGAAUGAUCAAAAAACUAUGUUUUUAUUUGUAUGUUUUUUUUCCCCACACGGAACAGAAGUACAAUUCAUCUGUGUAAUGUGCAAGGGGCACAGGCAAAUUUUGCUACCCCUUUAACCCAACGUUGCAAAAUUACAACACUGACAUGACACAAGCUCAAAAAAAUCUAAAACGAUCAGUGCAUUCAACAAAACCUAAAUAUCUACAUGAUCCACACAUUAAUAUUCACAGAAAUAUUUUAGGCAUUUCACUUGAAUGUAGAUUUAUCCAGUCCAGGAAAGCAAGAUGAUUUAGCUUUAAGGGAAGUUCGCAGGUUGUUAGAGGUAAAUAGGACUAUUUUUGAAAUCUAGCAUCCAAUUGCAUUGCAAGGCUGAAAAAUAGGACCUAUAAGUUGUGUAAAUGUGGUUUUGGAGAGAGAGAGAGAGAGAGACGUGAGCAGCUUUAUUUUAGUCAAGCUAAAACUGAUGUUGUAGUAUUACAACAGUGUGUCUUACAGGUUUAAGGCUAUCUCAAUAUUUUAGUGCAUUGAGCUUUUCUUCUUCUCUGACGAGUCCCUCAGAGGAUGGCAUCUGGCCCAGACCGGUGGAGUGUUGCAGGGAUGUUUGUCCUUCUGUAGGUUUCUCCCAUUUGCAAAAGUGAUCAUGGAGCUCAACUAGAGUGACCAUCAGGUUCUUGAUCACCAGUCUAGACAAAGUCCUUCUCCAUCAGAUGCUCAAUAUGGCCAGCAGGCCAGCUCUAGGAAGAGUUCUAGUUGUUUCAAACAUCUUCCAUAUCUUAAGUGAAGCAGAUUUCUUUUUCUGAACUCUUGCCCAGAUGUGUGGCUUGAUGCAGAUCUGUUUCUGAGCUCUACGGGCAGUUCUUUUGACCUCAGGUCUUUGCUCUGAAAUGCAUUAUCAGCUGUUAGACCUUUCAUUAAGAUGCGUGUGCCGUUCCAAAUCAUAACCAUUCAGUUGAAUUUGCCACAGGUUAACUUCACUUGAAGUGUACUUACAUCUAUGAGCCAUAUGAAUGCUCUUAAACUAAAUAUCAACUGUUCCAGAUAAUGGUUUGAAUACUUAUGCAAUGGAAUCAUUUAAGUUUUUUAUUUUUAAUAAAUUUGCAAAGAUGUUAAAAA